CCUACCCACGAUGCAGCGCGGUUGCAUACAACAUAGCCAUCUUGUCAAGAGUGACUGACUGAGGGAAGUAACUGUAGGCGCUGAGAGGAGACUAUUUUGUCGAAAGGCGGUGAAAUCCAGGAGGUCUUUCUUCCCUCUACUGAAAAGUGAAGGUCUCCACCGACUGACUGUGAGCUGGUGAAGUGAGCAGCUUCAAAGGACUGCUUUCGGGAGGAUGUCUCACAGACUUGUUCCGACGUAGGGGGAGUGUGCAGCAGCCAGUUGGCUUGACUUGCUAGCUAGCUCGGUGAGUGGAGGGCUGUGGGCCCUCCUCAGCCUUGAAGUAGCUCCCGAAGCUGGGCGACACACUCUGCGACAACGACAGUUUGACAACCGGGGGACACAAGCGGGGACGGUCCGGAGUGACACGACGCUGAAAGAACAGGCUGCUGGAAUCGGUGUGUAAAAGCCGCAUAGCUUGGACAAGACUGAACUGUGGCGUUAUGAGUCCAUGAAACGCAACAGGAGCCCGAGAGAGGAAGAGGGAUGGCGUAGAUUCAUAUUGAUCACAGUUAGCUUGUCAAAGUGUGUUUAAUAUGAUCUGAGGUGUUUAAAAGCUGCCUCUCUCUGACGGAGGAUACACAGAACCGUACUGGACUAAGAAUCAGGCUGUCAAAAUGUCGAAAAUGCCGGCUAAGAAGAAAAGCUGUUUCCAGAUCACCAGUGUGACUCAGGCCCAGGUGGCGGCUAUAGGUGCCACGGACGACACGGAGAGUCUGGAGGACCCGGACGAGUCCCGGACCGAGGAUGUGUCAUCUGAGAUAUACGACAUGUCUCGUGCUGAGUACGAGCCCGCGUGCGAUAGAAGUUCAUCCGAAGAAGCCCUGAAUAAUGUCGGAGAGCCAGAGGCGACCAGUGUCAUGGCCCCAUCACACAUACCUCAACCCGGCCAGCUGCCCGCGCUGUCCAGUAAUCCCAUCAUCGGAGACAUGAUUCGGAAGGUGGGAGUGUCGGGCUCGGCUCAGGCCGGUCAGCAGCCGCAGGGGAUCGGCGUGUCAAGUGGUUUACCCCUCUCCUCUCAGCCUGGGGCAGUGCAGCAGCAGCAACAGUCUGCUUCAGCAGGUGUGUCAGUAAACACAUCACAACCUACUGCAGUGACAAGCAGUCCAGCACCCCCUCCUGCCACCUCCACGGUGAGUUGUACUUCACGCUUCAGGGUCAUUAAACUCGAUCAUGGUACUGGAGAACCCUUCAGAAGAGGCAGGUGGACAUGUACAGAGUUUUAUGAGAAGGACUCUGAGAGCUCUGCUGUUAGUAGGACUGUAGAUGGUAUCAGGCAUGCCAACGCAGGAGUGGACCCAAGUGCAGACAGAGACAGCGGGCUAGGGCUUACAGGAGGAUCUGUGGUUGCCCCGACAACAUUCUCAGGUCAGGGCUUGGGUUCCGUGGCUGAUGCUUCUCUCUCGUCACCCCGCAUGCAAUCAGUGGAUACACUAUCCCAGCAGCAGCAGCAGCAGCAGCAGCUCCACCAACAGAACUUCAGUGUCCGGCAGCAGGGUGGGAGCGGGUCGACAACACAGAAUGCUUUCUCCAGCAGCAAGCCCACUGUGCUACCCACUCAGCCGUCAGUGGGAGGUCUCCAGCCUCCUGCCCCCCAGAGCAUGCUGCCUGUCGGACAAAAUGGCUUGCUUCAAUCCGGUGUCGCCAUACAGAAGUCUCCUAUCAUGCCCCCCUCAGUCCAGCCCAUCCCUUACCCUCCUCAGCAACAGCAGCAGCUUCCUUUGGGCCACCACCUGAGCGGCCAAACGUCUGGACUGCUACAGAACCAGACAGAGUACUAUCAUCAGCAGCAGCAGUCAGUUCUUGGUGCAGGCCAGUCCCUCCCAGUGUCCAGCCUGUCUGCAGGGCCUUCUUCAGUUUUGCCUCGAGCCCCUGGGGGCUUGCCUGUGCCAAGUCAGGUUGGAGAUGCUGCAGGAGCAGGAGGUGGAUCUGUACCUUCAGGUCAGAUAGCCCCGAGCCUUUUGCAGCAGCAGCAAACUGUAGGAAUGGGAGGUGUGGGGGGCUCCAUACUGGUUGGUGGAUCCACAUAUGCAGCCACUGGACAGCCUCAACCCCUCGGCCUCCACCCUACAUCCUCCGGUGUACAAAAUGUGCCUGCCAUCGCAGUGAGCUCCAGUGUGCCCACCACUGUGCCCGCUGCUGUGCCCAGUGCCUCCAGUGCAGCCUUGCCAAAUGUGACAGCCUCCAGUUUGCCUCCAGGUCAGAUUCCCCUUAGCAAGAUCCCAGUGGGUGUGGGGGCACAGGGCCUCCCAGGAGCUGGAUUUGGACUUGCGGAGGGUGGUGGAGGGAAAUCAGAGGGUCUUGUCAACGCACAGUCUCCUGUCAUCUCUGGGAAGGAAGCAGCGAAACCCUUCAUGCCUGAGAGCCUGCAGCUCGCCACGCCAACAGUCAACAGCCUGUUUGGAAUCCAAAUACCUGUCGACGGGGAGGUGGACAGAGCCUCGGGAACAAAUGUUGCUGCCAUCGAUAAUAAAAUAGAACAGGCAAUGGACCUGGUGAAAAGCCAUCUGAUGUAUGCAGUGCGUGAGGAGGUGGAGGUGUUAAAGGAGCAGAUCAAGGAGCUGUACGAGAGGAACUCUGUGCUGGAGAGGGAGAACGCCGUGUUGAAAUCUCUGGCCAAUAGCGAGCAGCUGUCUCAGCUGCCCUCCCAAUCGCCCGCCAGCUCCGGCAGCAUGCUUCCCCAGCAAGGACUCAGCCAGCCCCCGCCACAGGCUCAGCCUCCGCUUCAAGUCCAGCCCCCGCCUCAGCCUCAGCAGUCCCAGCCCCAGCUCCAGCACAACCCCAAACCCCAGCAGCUUCAGACUCAGCCUCAGCUUGAUCCCAGCCAACAGCAACAGCAACAGCAACAGCAACUGCAACCCAACGUCACCUCCGCUUGAAGUGCAUCUGCCCUGCUUCCCCUAGGGCAUGAAAAAAGAAGAGCAUCUUCUCUGCAACCUAUUACAAAAUUAGUGUAUGUGAAAUUAAAAAGAAGAAAAAACUCUUUGUCUUCUUAGCCACCAGCUUGACCACAAAGUACAGCUUGUAUGUAUGUGUGAGUGAGUGUUUGAGUGUAGGGUAAGAAAGCAGGCAUGACUGUCUAAUGUAAGUGUGUAUGCAUCUGUACUGUGGGCCUUUCCAGUGUUAAUGCAAUCAUCAGAGAGCGAGUGAGAAAGACUUGGACAGAGGAGGAGUAUGUUGAGACUGGAUUGUGUCAGAGAAGGGUCGGGAGGUUUUUCAUCUUGGCUGUAUUCCCAGAACGGCCGACUGCUGGGUCCGAGCUCGUGGACGGGAUGUCUCAUCUUGGACCCAGGCGGCGUCGCUGACCUGAGACCUGCUCAUACUGAGGGUGUGGAAAGGGAGGGGUUCGCCUCACAUAAGGGACAAACAGAAGUGAUUGUCAAAACAGAGAGUGAUUAUUUUUUUAAACCGUGAGAUAAAUGAGGGGGUGAAGGGGUAUUUUUAGCCUUGCUGUUUAUCUUGUAUUGAAAGAAGUGGGAGAGAUUGAGUCUUGUUUUUUUUUUUCUCUGGGGGCGCCACACCGCUGCCGUUACUUUUUACAUCAAGUCCAACCCUUGCAUCAGUCUUUUUGAGUUCUACUGUUAAGUGUUUUAUUUAUUACAGGGCUGCUAUUUUCACACAUGAACAAGUUCAUGAAACCUGUUUAACAGUAGCCCAGUGGAUUGUUUCCCAUUAUCUUUUACAGUGUUUCAACAUUUUGGCCAUCGUUCCAAGAGGCAACGCUUUGGAUUUGUUAAAAAAAGUAGGCAAAAAAUGAAUUCUGACAAAUGUUUAACACUAACUCAAAUUUUACUCUCAAAUUGCCAAUUCCUAGUUAAAGUUCCAGUAUGAAUGUACAUUUUUGUAUAGUUUAAGUAUUAAGAGCCUUGAUGGGUGACUCCAUCUGUUGACAUCAAAUCUUAACGUGUGCCUGCAGACGGCAUCUGGUGAAGAUUUAACUCUUUAAUCGAAAAGUGAAUUAGUGUUGCCAUACCCCCCUCCUUCUUUUUCCUCCAUUGUUUUCCCGAGGGGGGCAGGAGGGGAAAGCUGUGAAAUAUUUCAACCUACUUUGUAACCAAAGAUGCAAAGCUGUGUAAAUUGAUUAUUUUUAAAUGCACACUCAUGUAUUUUUCUUCUUUUUGUUACUUUCUCCUUCACAAAAUAUUUUGUUGCUGUUCAGCAUGUUUUGCAUGAUCUGUAAUCUUCAAACCACUUUCUUACCUCAUUUUUAUUCAGCACUCUUAUUGUAAGAUAGUCUGUGAACAGUGUAAAUGGGCGAGGGGGAGGGGGUGGGGGGGGCAAUGCAGAGCAGAGUGGGCGCAGAGAAAAAUAACCUAGUGUUACUGACACUAGUCACAGAAAAAUGAAGUGAGCCAUGUUUUGUUCAUUUAAAUGGUGUUUGAAUUUCAUAUGCCAAUAGUUUUGUUACAUUGCAAAUUUUAAUGUAUUUAAUAAAAGCAAUAUUCAGAUUCCAAAA